UCUCCCAUUGAUGUUCGCCGCAACGCUGACUACUGCGCUCUCUUUCUGGGUUACUGUAAUUUUAGGUCAGACACCGGCUCGGACUGCACUCCUAGCACCAGAAUUAUACGUCACACCGUCUUUUCGUUGAGCAUCACACAGCCGAAGCCAGCAUGACGUUUGAGAAGCAGCAGUCGCAGCAGCACACGUCGAUCAACGGGGACGUUUGCAGAGAGGCAGCCGUGGAAGAUGCGUUUGAUAACAGUUACAAGGAGAAAGAGGGCCCGAAACCUCCUAGGGUCAUGGUCUGGAGAAAUGUCGUCCUGAUGAGUCUGUUGCAUUUUGGAGCAUUUUACGGCUUGUCCUUGGUCCCUGCAGCAUCCGUCCCUACCUUGCUCUGGUCCUUAGUCUGCUUUGUGCUAAGUGCUUUAGGAAUCACUGCGGGAGCUCAUCGUCUGUGGAGCCACAGGACCUACAAGGCUUCAUUACCUCUGAGGAUCUUUCUCGCUGUUUGCAAUUCCAUGGCCUUUCAGAAUGAUAUCUUUGAAUGGGCUCGAGACCACAGGGUUCACCACAAAUACUCCGAGACAGACGCAGACCCCCACAACGCCGUCAGGGGCUUCUUCUUCUCUCACAUCGGCUGGCUGCUAGUGCGCAAACAUCCCGACGUCAUCGAGAAGGGGCGCAAGCUGGAGCUCAGCGACCUGCUCGCCGACAAAGUUGUAAUGUUUCAGAGGAGGCACUACAAGCUCUCCGUGCUGCUCAUGUGCUUCUUUGUCCCGAUGUUCGUGCCUUGGUACUUCUGGGGCGAGUCCCUGUGGGUGGCGUACUUCGUGCCGUCCCUGCUGAGGUACACCUUGGUGCUGAACGCCACCUGGCUGGUCAACAGCGCCGCGCACAUGUGGGGAAACAGGCCCUACGACCAGAACAUCAACCCCAGGGAGAACAGAUUCGUCACUUUCAGCGCCAUAGGUGAGGGCUAUCACAACUACCACCACACGUUCCCCUACGACUACGCCACCAGCGAGUACGGCUGCAAGCUGAACCUCACCACCUGCUUCAUCGACCUCAUGUGCUUCCUGGGCCUGGCCAAGGACCGCAAGAGGGUGUCCCGCGAGGUCGUCCUGUCCCGGAUACAGCGCACCGGAGACGGAAGCCACCGCAGUGGCUAAAAAAAAAAAUAUAAAAAAAAAAUGAAGAAAACACACAAAAGACAUUUCCAGAUCAAGAGAUGAUGACUAACAGUUCUCUACAGCUGCUUAUUUGCUCAUCCUCUGAGGUUAAACGUCAGCGUCACGAGGGCCUUUUACCACAGUUUGCUUGUUCUUUGUGGGUUUUUUUUUUUUUUGUAGCUGUAGCCAUACAGAUUGUUCAAGAUAAAAGAAACACGCUUUACAAUUUGAGGUUUUUAACGUAGAUUCAGACCCAAUGCUUAAAGCUUAUUUCAGCUUAUUAGUUGUUGAGUUUUAAAAGUCGACCAUUCAUCGCCGUCGUGCAGUCUUCAUGAGCAGUGAGCCGUGUAGCCGGUCAUGUUGAUGUAUUACCUUAACAUUAUUUCAAUGCUGAUUGGAAACUUGACUUUAUUGGAGUGUAUAGUUUUUUUUUUUUUAUUAUUAAUUCUGUUAUAAAGAUUAACUUAAUGACCUUUUAAGAUUAAAAAAAUAUAAUAAUUUGUUACUUGAUACUUGUUGGCUUUAUUGAAAAUUUGAAAACCGAGUCGCGCGGCUAAGUGUAUUACAGUUGCCUUGUGCAGAGAAACAAAACCAAAGCAAAACUGCAAGCACUUGGGGGGAAAAUAUUGUGAUUUGCUGUAAUUAGCCCCCCCCCCAUUUACCGGGGGGGAAAAAAAAAAAAAGCUCAAAAGGCUUUCUGUUCUGACGGCAACAUUUCCGUUUUGUAAAAUCUUGCCAAAGGUGUUCCGUUCAGCCGUUGCCACGGUCGAAUUUAUCGUUGUUUCUUUCCGGUGUCACAUGGUUCUGAAGGCUGAGCUCUCAUUGGCCGGCGCGGCAGCCAGUCGCGGGACAGGUUCUGGUUAUAGCAAAACAAAAACAUGCCACCCCCUCCCCCCUUUUUUUUUUUUUUGCAUGGCGAUAAGCUGUAGUAGGUGUUGUGGUGAGGUGAUGUGUCAGUGGCUGUCGUGGCAGAACUGCGUUUUCAUUCGUCGCUGUGGUAUCGUCAUGGCGACGGGGCCUGACAACAGGGGCCGUCAUUUUCAAAUUGUAGGUGUUUAUCUGCGAUUAUAGUCUGUGGAAUGCUUUUAUUAUUUAUGCAUUAUGGUAUUUUUUUUUGUCUCCCCCCUUUUUUUUUUGACUUCGAAUAUUCUAGCUCGGUGGUUUUUGCAUUUCUCGAUCAGGCGGAGAGUCUUUUACGUUUUAUCCGAAUUAUAUCAAACUGCAGCACCUGGCUAUCUCUUGCGCCAACAGUCAGAAUACAGUACCUUGCAAAAGUAUCCACGCUCUUCACGUUUUGUUACGUUACAGCCACACACUGGAAUUCGUUUUUAUUGGGAUAUCGGGAUUAACAAAGCACAAAGCUGUGCACAGUUGUAAAGUAAAAACGAUACAGACGUCGCGUGUUUCUCUACCAGCUUGAAACUUCUAUACACGUUCAUUUUUGCCGUUCUUUGGAAAACAGCUCAGGCAUAAGUCAGAUAGAGGGCCGCACUUUGACUUAGCCAUCCGAAUGCGUGACUUGAUCUAAACCCCUCCAUUGUAUGUUCAGAUUAGUUGCAUUAAAAAGGCAGAUCUGUGCCCAAAUCUCAAGUCUUUUGCCGCCAAACGUAGGCUUUCUUCCGGGAAUGCCCUGUAUUGAGCUGCAGAGAGCAUGAUGCUGCCUCCACCACCGGACCGGUGGGUUCAGGGUGUCUUGAUUUCCUGCCACACACAUCAAGGCCAACUUUAAACGGGAUGUUUUAUGUACUUAUUUUUACUUCUGGCCACUCUUCCAUAGAAGCCAGAUCUGCGUGGCUUUCCGCAGCUCCACUAGAGUCAUGGGCACAGUCACAAAUGCACACCGUGCUUUUCAGUUCAAUUUUCCUUUAACUUGACAAUUAUAUGCUGCUUUUUAAAGAAAAAGAAAAAUGUUAUCCCUUAAAGUUUGUGGUUUUGACGUAACAAACUGGGAAGACGUUCUUGCCGUAUUAUUACUUUUCAAGGGACUGUGCCUCCUAAUGCCUUACAACAUGUAUCCAUUUCUUCACAUUCCAGCAGUUCAGACUCAAAGGUUCAAAUACCAAAAAAAGAAAUAAAAGUUGCUUACAGGCUGUAACACAAGGGAAGACAUUGUUAUUUUUAGUCGUUUUGACAAUUGGAGGAUGAAGGUUGUUUUUUUUGGUUUUUUUGUUUGUUUGUGUGCCGGACAAAACUGGUGCAAAUGUUCGUUUGUGAGAUCUAACUCGCAAACUAAGGGUCCUGGUGGAAGGAAAGAAAGAGAGGAGACACCAUGUUGUCAUGAUGAAUGUCACACAGUUUAACUCGGCUGUCCAGAGCCCCAAAAUUUGUGUUUUCGUAACUACGGGAGGGAUUGAAAAAUGUUUUUUCAGUUUGUCAAGAUGUCAACUGUUUCCUAUUCUGAAAUAAAAUUCACAAUAUUUUCAAUACACUUGGAA